AUGGCCGAUAAUCAUGCGAAUGUAACUGUGGCAGUGUAUAAGAAACCACAGCAUCAACUCAGCGUCGUUAUCAUUGGGGCAGGUCUCGCAGGAUUGGCGCUGGCAGGGCUUUUGGGAAAAUCGGGACACAAUGUCGUUGUUCUUGAAGCAGCACCACAGAUUUCCGAAGUAGGCGCAGGCCUUACUUGUGCACCAAACCUGACGCGUUUGCUGAGUCGGUGGGGAUUGGAUGGUUCUCUUCGCCCCAAGACAGAUGCUCUUCAACAUGUUAGCCUGCGACGUUGGCAAGGCGGUGAGGUUUUGGGCGCAUCGCCACUGAUGCCAGAGGUGGAACGAAGAUAUGGCGCCCCUCAAUACGUGGUUCAUCGAGCGGAUGUCCACACUGCCCUGAUGCAUCAGGCUGCCGGGAGUGCCGAUAUCCAGAUAAACAGCACGGUCGUUGCUAUUGAUUUUCAGAAACCUUCGGUCACGCUUGAAGAUGGCAGAGUGAUCGAGGCAGAUUUGAUUGUCGGUUCGGACGGGAUGAAAUCAACCUGUCGUAAGUUGAUGUACGAGCAGCUCGGUCAAAUCGACAAAGCCAUACCGACAGGAGAUGCUGCCUUCCGCGCGUGCAUCCCAUUGGAAAAGGUGACCGAUCCUGACCUUCGAGAAUUCGUGCAACGACCAAACGCCACGAGGUGGAUGGGUGCAGGCCGACAUGUGCAGGGUUACCCUAUCAGACACGGAGAACUGUACAAUUUGGUAAGCAAGAUUCGAUUCAAAUCAAGCAUGACUGACGAGUGGGACAAGGUCAUGUGCCAUCCCGACCCUGGGUUUGCGGAAGAAUCUUGGACAGCAAAAGCGUCCAAGGAAGAUAUGCUCCGUCAAUUUGGAGACUGGGAUCCUGGUUUUCUCCGAAAGUUGGUGGAUUUGAUUCCCGAUGACAAUAUUCUAAUUUGGCAACUGUGCCAACAUGAACCUUUGCCUACAUGGGUGAUGGGCAAGCUGGUCCUGAUGGGAGAUGCAUGUCACCCGAUGCUGCCCUACGUCGCACAAGGUGCUGCGCAAGCAAUUGAAGAUGCCGCAGUUCUCCAUCUUGCCCUGAAUUGUGUUUCCAGUGCCGAUGAACUGCCUGUCCUUCUUAAAGCGUACGAAUUGGCGAGGAAACCCCGUGCGGAGCACAUCAUGAGCGUUGCUGGCGACAAUCGGGUGGGUUUACAUCUCCCCGACGGCCCGGAACAGGAAGCACGAGACGACAAGUUUAGACUUCUGGCACAAGGAGGAGACAAUCCAGAUCUUUUGGGCAAUGAUAAGACGCAACUGGCAUUGUGGGGUCACGACCCCGAAAAAGAAUUUCUGGAGAACCGUGAAGGUGAGUCUACAGCUUUCUCGACAGAUAACUGA